CCAGGACACGCAUUGUACUUUUUUGUAGGAUGGUAAUUAAAUGCCGACCCACAGGGUUUAAUCAUUUGCUACACCAGGAAAUGAACAUGGUUGAGGUGUUUGGCUUUUCAGAAGCAGUGGACUUCUACCUUUAUGAGCUGGGCUCACACUUCCUGGUAAGCUGACAGUCCAAUGUGUUAUCUCACCGUAACAGUAGGUCUCAGAUCUGGUUCACAGGUUCUCACCGGACUACAUACGACAACAAGUCACCCGACAUUUAAUCAGGACAGCUACCUUUAUAUUCCCUUGUCAUUACAACACAGUAAGCAGCACGUGAAGAAAAACUUUUUUCAUCUUCAAGAAAGUGAGAGGAUCAGAGGGAUUUCAUGUCCAUUUACAGUAACGGAGGAGUCUUUAACCUGGCUUACCAUGACAGUGAGACACUGGAAAUUGACAAAAGGUCUUCCAGCAAAACCCACAGUAAUCCCUAUGCCAGGGAGACCCCGGCCUGGUGGGGUCAGAGGUCGGGGGUGAGCGGUGCGGCGGCCCGGGGAGCACCACAGGACGGCUGGCAGCGGGAGAGCUGGAGGGGAGGAGAGAGCAUCCCCAUGGGGCACAUCCCCACAGACUCAGGGCGUCCUCCGUGGCAGCACAGCAUUAAUCACAGUACAUUUCUCGUUGACCACGACUCUCAGUUCGUUCAGUCGCCUUCUGUUCGACUCCCUUCUGCACUGGCAGGAAACAUGUCAAUGAGAUGGAGGGGAAUGACGAUGAGACGGAUGAGUUUGUUUCCUCAUGCACAUCCUGCCCAUGCAGCCUUUACAGAGGAAGUCGUCCAGAGUGAGAUGGAAAAUGAGGAGAAAAACCUGGUCAAGGAACUUGUUGCCAUGUCAAUGCAAGACCAAACCAGAGCCAUCCGGGCUCUUCCAAUGAGCUUUGAGGAGAAGAAGCAUAUCAGGAAUCAAGUGCUGGCGUUGAAGUCUUCCAACAGAUCUAAGAAGUUCACGCUGUUGGCAGAGUUCUCUGAAAACGCGUCCCUGUCUCUCCGCAGAUGUGGGUACGGUGUGAAGUCAGCCAAGCAAACCCUGGAGCUGUGGCAGGGCAUCAUGAAGGAGAUCGGUGGAAAGUUUGGCUCCAGUGUUCUCACCUACUUCCUGUUCCUCAAGUGGCUUUUAAUGAUCAACAUUUUCUCCUUCCUGGUCAACUUCGGCUUCAUCACAAUCCCGCUCCUCGUUCAUGAACCUUCACCAAAGGUGCCUUCAAAUGUGAAGUUCAGAGGUCUGGAGUUCCUGACUGGAGCUGGUUACUUCAACUACACUGUCAUGUAUUACGGGGGCUACAGCAAUGAGACAGUCGGUGUUUCGGUGGAGUACGACAUGCAGCUGGCCUAUUUCUUCACCAUAGCCGUCUAUAUGGUGAUGUGCGGGCUCGUGCUAAUUUUCAGCAUGGCCAGCUCAUUUAAGAAGAACUACGUCCUGGCUGACCCCUCUUCCAACGGCGCAUGGCAGCUCUUGUGCAGUUGGGACUUCAGCAUAACCAAUGAGAGAGCCGUGAGGCAACGCAGGAGCAACCUCCGCGUCCAGCUCAAGGAGUCGUUAUCAGAGAAAGCCCAGAGGGAGUUGCUAACGUUAUCUGAAAAGCUGAAGGACUUUGGGGUUCAUUUGGGCUGCUGGGUUCUUUCCACCAGCUUGGCUGUUGGUUGUGGAGCCGGCAUCUUCUUCCUCUGCCAGCAUGAACAGCAGCGAGUUUCAGACAGCGGCAGCUGGUCUCCGGCCCAGGAAGCGGAGACUCUCCUGGUUCCCUUUGUGGUGUCUCUAAUGAACCUGGUUAUUCCGCUCCUCUACUCCCUCUUCAACAAGUUUGAACACUACUCCAGCCAACGCAAACAGAUUUACGCCUUGGUGGUCAGAAAUGUUGGACUCAGGAUGUCCAUUCUGGGUGUUUUAUGUUACUACUGGAUGAAUGUUGUGUCUCAGAGUUUUUCGUGUUGGGAGUCCAUGGUAGGGCAGGCUUUGUACCGCCUGGUGAUUUUUGACUUCAUCUUUCUGAUGCUGGGAUCCUUUUUCGGAGAGUUUCUUAGCAAGGUGAUCGGGACCAAACUACAACCAAAUCUCGGGCUACCAGAGUUUGAUGUGGCCAGAAACGUCCUCGAACUCAUCUAUGGACAGACUCUGGCCUGGAUUGGGAUCUAUUUUGCUCCUCUUUUACCUGCCAUCCAGAUCCUCAAAUUCUUAAUUUUGUUUUACAUAAAGAAGGUCAGCCUGACCCAGAACUGCCAGCCCCCACGGCGAACAGGCAGGGCGGCUCAGAUGCAAACCAUCUUCAUCUUUCUCCUCUUCUUUCCUUUCUUUGUGGGAGCCCUGUCAAUUGUUGCAUACACCGCAUGGAGUCUGACUCCCUCCGAGCAGUGUGGUCCCUUUCGGGGACUAAACAAUACCUUCAGUGCAGUCGGAGUCUGGAUAGAUCAUCUGGAAGACAUUCCAGGUUCUGACUGGGUGGUGUGGAUUUACCAGAACGUCAUCAGGAGUGAAAUCUUCUACUUUCUUAUCACGAUUAUCAUCCUUGUCAUCAUGUACAUCUUCUGGCAAAUCACUCAGGGGCGUAAGAAGCUCAUCAGCCUCCUGAGACAACAGAUUGUUAAUGAAGGGAAAGACAAGACCUUCUUGUUAGAUAAGCUGCAGAACCUCCAGAAAUCUCAACCCAAGAAUGCCAAACAAAGAAAACAAAAAGGGCACCAGUCCUUGGGAAGUCAGUCCAACUCUAGUGCUGUAGUCCAGGCUCUACUUGCUCGCCAACAGCUGGAGGAAGAGGACGAGAGGCAGAGCACGAGUGUAUCUUCUCCCUCGGAUGUUUCCACCUCCAGCGCUUUGAUUCAGGCCACGAUGGCCCGUCAGAGAGCUGAACACCUUCCCCACACGGCCAUAGAACCUCCAUCAAACCACGAUGCACUUGCACGGGCAAUGGAGGCCAGGCAGAGGGCCGAAAAUGAAGAGAGGAAUGAAUACUACAGCACAGAUUUCUCAGAAAUCCAAACCAACAGACCCAGUGCUGUCGCACAGGCCAUGGAGGCCAGGCAAAGAUCUGAGCGGGAGGGUGGGCUUCAGCAGGGGCCUUCUUCAACACAAAACCCUGCUCCUUCUGGCCCCAGCGCCCUCAUCCAGGCCAUGUUGGCCCGCCAGCAAGCACAGAAUGAAUACGAUGAUGGUUACUGAACAGGAGACUGACUUUAUCCUUCCACAGGGAGACGAAUGUGCAAAGAACAACAAAGGGAUUUUCAAGAGAUCCCAACUUUUAAUUAACUUGCACUUCAGAGAUGUGUUGAUUCCUCCAGACUAACCGUAUUAUGUCCCGCUAUACAUAGAAAGUCAAUAGGGUGGCAGCAGGGCAACAAGAGAGUGCUGGUUCACUUUUUUUAGCCAUCUUUUACACAAAUAUAUUUUUCUUUGAAGCCUUUUUCUGCACUGCACAUUGAGUAACUUUGCUCAAACAGAGCAUAAGUUUAUUCCUUUGUCAUUUAAAUGCAAUUUGCACACAAUAUUAGAAUAUCAGCCCUGCAAUGGACUGGCUGACCGUC